GAGUCCACAGUGCUCUUAAGAGUGUGUAGGCAGGUGUGCUGCAAGGGCUUUUUGUGCAAGGUGGUGUCAUUUCUCUUCCUCCUUGCAGGCAAGAUUGUGACUCCCUUGCUCAAGUCAAGUCAUAUAUUACAUCACAAGCAAAUUAAUGGGACUUUUCUUCAGUGUGAAUAAGAAUAUCACAGUCUAGUCGACAGCAAGGAGAACAGUCUUUUUAUGUGUGGAAUUAGAUUUAACUGGGUGUUUCUAUGCAGUAAAAGAGGACAGGGGAAGAAUUAUGAAUAUAGAGUGUUGGAUUUAUGACUGCAGGAAAUAGAGAUCCACAUGAAGCCUGUUUCUUCACCAUGGCCUGUGAAAGCCAAGCAGACGGAGCUGAGAAACAAAGUCCCAUCUCCUACUGUGGGACCCAUGCAGAUGAAAGCUCCCUUCACUGGGUGAAAGAGUUUCACAAUGGCCAAGUGCUUAUGGUUCUCACUGCGAGCAAUACCUGCUCUUCCACCGUCUUUGAUAUGGAGCUUUGUGCAGAGAAACUGAAGACCUUUGGAAUUGAGAUGACAAGGGAUCAGUGGAGGAAUUUAAUUCAAAACGCCAUUCUGGAACCUGAAGUAAGAAGAUACAUGUUUUACAACUCCAGAGCUUUUGGGAUAGCCAUUGCUGUGAUUUUCUACAUCUCAAUCUGGGCAAAUAUUUACUCCACCAUGCAGCUGUAUUCCUUUGGGUGCCGCUGGGACGUCAGCAUUCUGGUGACGGUGGCUGCCAUAGCACUCACUAUAGUUGUUAUAUUGAUUAUUGACCAACAUCAAAGGAAGAUACAUGUGAAUACUGAUGUGAGGCUGGCAGCUGCCAAUGAAGCCUUCAUGAAGCACAACUUACUUCUAGGGGUUGCAGAUGCCAUGGACAGGCACCAGAAUGUUCUACAGCUUUGCUUUGUCCAUUUCAACCUGGAGCAGUGUCUUCACUCCUUAGCAGGCUAUAUUACUGAACAGAAGAGAAACCACCAGUCUGCCCUGAGGCACAAUCUGGACCAGUUCUGCGUCACUAUGGAGACAGUGAUCCAGUCGGGUCAGGGAAGAGGAGAGGAGAGUUCAUCUGAAGAGUCACCUCUUCUACCCAGUGACAAGAAAGGGACUCUGGCAUGCAGUGAACUGCUCCAUCUCAUUCCAGAGGGAGCUCCAGAGGUGAUGGCCCAGCAGCUGUUGGUGAUCUUCAGUGGCUAUUACAUCAGACUCUUGGUUAGUGGUCAGCUCCCUCAGGUGGUCAUGUUACGGCAUGUGGAACACAUGAAUAUCCCCUGCCUUUGCCAGUUCAUAGAGACAAAUGUGCUUGACACAGGACACUGUUGGUUCAAGGCCAGGUGACGUGAGGGGCCUGAAAAGAGUUGUUGCAAUUAAUACUGUUCAAAUACAAUGGUCCAUGGAAGAAGCCAGGGCAUAGGGAAGACCCGGAGAGAGAUGCAACUGCAUCAGGGAUUUGAUUUGACCAAUGAGAGGACAGUAAUGAGGUGGAGAACAUGAAAUAAAUAUUCAAAAUCCCAUUCGGAGACAAUAAAAGAGACAGGCACCUAA